AUGAAUUCUGGAUUGGGCUCUAGAAUUAAUGCUUUAUAUUUAGUAUUCCCCAUUUUAAUAGAGGAGGGAAGACAAAAUAUUAAAUCAAAAAAAAGCAUGCAACAAUAAGGUACACAAUAUUCAUUUAUUAUAGGUUCAAUUUCAUAAUAAAAUUACAAAGAUGGUCACAAAAGAUUAUUUAAAGGUGUUAGAAAUUUUAACUAUUUUGAAAUUGAUUAUAGUAUCCAAAAUCAAUUUUGA